AGAUCAGGAAACUUCCCAAAUCUAUUUGCAGCCUCUACCAUUUGCAAACUCUGAAACUCCUAGGGUGCCUUUGGCUUUUCGAAUUGCCCAAAGACCUUGGGAACUUGACUAACUUGCAGCAUCUCGAGCUAGAUGAAAUGUUCUGGUACAAGUCAUCCACAUUGCCACCAAGAAUGGGAAGCUUAACCAAUCUACAAAAUCUGCAUGUAUUUCAUAUUGGCCCAGAGAGCGGAUAUGGAAUUGAUGAACUAAAAGGCAUGAUUUAUCUCAAGGGAACACUGCGUAUCUCAAAGCUCGAACAUGCAGUAAAUGCAGAGGCGGCAAAGUUGAAGGAAAAAGAAGGGCUCGAGAAGGUGGUGUUUGAAUGGAGUGAUACAGAUGGUCGUCCACGAGAUGAAGCAGCCGACGAAGGAGUGCUUGAAGACCUUCAACCACACUCAAAUCUCAAAGAGCUCCAAAUUUUCCACUACAAAGGUACCAGAUUUCCAUCUUGGAUAAGAGAUGGGCUGCUCCAAAAUAUUGGUACCAUUUCCAUAAGUCAUUGUACAAGGUGCAAAAUCCUCUCUCUUGGGGAGAUGCCACGCCUUGGGAAUCUCUACAUUAAAGGAAUGCAGAACUUGGAGGAAUGGCCCGAGGUGCAAUAUCCUUCUCUUCACAAACUCAAAAUCAGCAGCUGCCCAAAGCUAAAGGAGUUACCUUAGUUUUUCCCUAACCUAAGAGUUCUGAAGAUCAAAAAGUGCGACUCCUUGAGGAAACUGCCAUUGAGCCCCUCAUUAAUGUUCUUAAUACUUGUCGACAAUCUUGUUCUGGAGGAUUGGAAUGAAAGAUAUGGACAUCUGCGGUCUGUUAAUGAUCAAGGCGUACUUGUAGUCCAACUGCGACCUUCCUUAAGCAGUCUCUUGGAACUAAAGAUCAUUAACUGCCCAAAGUUGCAGGCACUUCCAGUACACUUUGGUCCGCAGAAACUGGAGAUAAGCGGGUGUCAACUAUUGAGCACCCUCCUGAUCCCUGAUUACUCCCGUCGUCUUCAACGUCUAGCACUAGAUACUUGUCAUGAUGGAACAUUAGUGAGGGUGAUUCCUGAGACCAUCUCUCUGUAUUCCUUGGUGAUUUCCAAUAUCUCAAGCCUAACCUCUCUUCCUAAAUGGCCAACUCUUUCUGGACUCAAUGCAUUGUACAUCCAUAAUUGUGAAGCUCUUGUGUCUCUGUCUGAAGAAGAAGCAUCAUUCCAAGGCCUAACGUCUCUCAAACUGUUGUCCAUCUGGGGCUGCCCCAAGCUCGUGACAUUGCCGAACAAAGGACUUCCCGCUUCUCUGGAGCGUCUGAGUAUUGGUUCAUGCCCUAGUCUCAAGUCCCUUGGCCCUGGCGAAAUGUUGAAGAGCCUCACCUCCCUCAGGGAUCUUUACAUUGAGGACUGCCCUGCAGUAGAGACAUUGCCUGAAAAGGGGUUUUCCAGCUCCCUCAAGCAUUUGCACGUUGAAGGAUGUCCAAUACUCACGAGGCGAUGCCAAAAGGACAUAGGCCCAGAUUGGUCAAAGAUCAAGGACAUCCCUGAUCUGGACUUAGAGCCCAUUGAAGUAUCUUCAGUUCCAAAUUUGCUAAAGGAGCAACUGAAACCAACGUGGUAUCAUCAUUUUACUCUUUGUAAAGGAAUUGACAUUAAAGAAAUUGGGCAACCACUACAACGCAACCCAGUCACCUUAGUGCAAAGGGAGAGAGGUGAAUUACAAGACUUAAAAAACUCCAUGUAUUUGUGACAGGGAGAUGCAUUUAUAUAGAAAGUGAAGCUUUAAAAUGUUUGCAGGACAAACUUCUAAAGGGACAAUGGGGCCAGGGGAACCUGCUUCUACCUCAAGAGAAAAUGGGGAUUGAAGAUUGAUCAUGGUUCAAGACUUCAAGGGACAAUGUUCAUCCACCAUUUUGCUCAGUAGUGAAUUGUUGAAUCAUAUUGUUCAUGAUUAUGUUAAGUUAGUUGUGUUCGUACUUUUAGUGAGGUCUGUUGAAACCAUUAAAAUAAUUGGAUUGCUGUCAUAUUUGGUUUUACAAUUUCCGUAGUUAUCAACCUAAUAGUUGUAAUGUCAAAUAAAGACUCUUGGUUCCUUUCACUGUUGUAUUUUCAGGAAACCUAA